AUGGCACCAGUUCCAAAACAUUUCUGUGGCGCUGGCACUGCCUCUGGACGAGUGCCGUUCCUGGCAAGUGCGAUGGCUCCCCUGUGGCCCUUCAUCCUGGUGGCUGCGUCAGGAAUCCUAGCCAUAGAUACACCUCAUCCCAGGAAUUCUGCUCUGUACCAUCUCACCAAGCAGCUACUGCAGAGGUAUCAGAAGGACGUGAGACCAGUUCACGACUGGACGGAGGCCACCACUGUCUACCUAGACGUGUUUGUCCGUGCGGUCCUGGAUGUGGUAAGGACCACCUACCCUUCCCUGUUCCUGCUGCCCCGUGUGGACAUUGAAAGACUACCCGAACUUCACUAUGUGUAUGUGAACUCAUCCGGGACCGUUAGGAACUCUAAGUCCAUCCAGGUGGUCUCUGCCUGCAGUUUAGAGACAUACGCUUUUCCAUUUGAUAUCCAGAAUUGCAGCCUAACCUUCAACAGCAUUCUGCACACAGUGGAAGAUGUAGACCUGGCCUUCCUGCGGAGCAGAGAAGACGUUAAGCACGACAGAAAAGCAUUUUCGAAUGACAGUGAGUGGGAACUUCUUUCUGUGUCCUCCGCCUACAGCGUCCUGCAGAGCAGCGCUGGAGAUUUCGCACAGAUUCAGUUUCACGUGGUGAUUCGCAGGCGCCCACUGGUCUAUGUGGUGAGUCUGCUGAUUCCCAGCAUCUUCCUCAUGCUUGUGGACCUGGGGAGUUUCUACAUCCCCCCCACCUGCCAUGCCAGGAUUAUCUUCAAGACCAGCUUGCUGGUGGGCUACACCGUUUUCAGGGUCAACAUGUCUGACGAGAUGCCACAGGGCGCAGUGCGCACCCCUCUGAUCGGCGUCUUCUUCACCGUCUGCAUGGCCUUCUUGGUUCUCAGCUUGUCUAAAUCCAUCCUGUUGGUCAAAUUCCUUCACGAUCAGCAGCACAGCGGGCAGGAGCGGCCCCUCUUAGGCCUUGGAGGGGACACUGAUGCUGAUGGGCUUCUAAUGGAUCGCAGGACCCAGCUUGUUGGGGUAACAGAGUCCCCUGUCUGUCGAGAGCACCAGGCCCCCUCAGGGACCCUGAAGGAAGUCUUGUCCCAGCUUCAGUCCAUCAGCAACUACUUCCAAGCCCAGGACCAGGCGGCCCAGCAGGAGGUCGGGUGGCUGGCCCUCCUGGAACGCGUUGACCGACUGCUCUUUCAAGGCUACCUUGUGAUGUUGGGGCUCUACGCCAUCACGUUGUGCUCCCUCUGGGCACUGUGGAGCCGCCUGUGA